AUGCUAAAUAAAGUCAUGCUGCUCUUUACCUUCACCAAAACCAACAAGAGUCCGAAUCACCAGAACUGUUCAGAGAGAAGAACCACCACCAUCGUAUUAGGCAGGAACAACGAAUGUCUGAUCAAUGUGUAUUUUGUCAUGGAUACCUCAGAAAGUGUGGCGCUGAGAGACAUGCCCAGCGGCAGCCUUGUGGACAAACUCAAAGCCUUUCUCGUUAACUUUCUCUUUAAGUUACAGCAAGUUGCUCUCAGUACCAGUCAGAUUAAGUGGGAAUAUGGCGGCCUACACUUUUCUGAUCGUGUCAGUAUCUUCAGUGAGAUAACCAGCAACAAUGCAGCCUUUCUCGCCAAGUUGAAUGCAGUGCGUUACAUUGGUCGGGGGACGUUUAUUGACUGCGCUUUGAAGAACAUGACAGAGCAGAUCAAGACGAGGGCCUCAAGCAAAGCCAGUCUGAAGUACGCUCUGGUCCUGACUGAUGGGCACUACACUGGCAGUCCCUGUGGUGGCAUCCAAGAGGCAGUUGAAGAAGCAAAGGCAGAUGGCAUAAAGAUAUUUGUCAUUGCCACAAGCUCAGCAUCCAUUGAAAACCAGCUCAGGCAGAUUGCCAGCUCGCCUGUGGAAAUGUAUCGCAAAGACUACUUAGUAGUUCCAGAUGAUGCAGGAAUUGCUGCAACCAAGAGGAUAAUUGAGAUGAUGGCUAGAGAAGGAGAAAUUGAGUGUGGUCGACCGCAGUGCUUACAUACAGAUGGUGCAGCAGGACACGAAGGAAUAAAUGGAAGAAGAGGAUUUCCUGGCGUGAAAGGAGAAAAAGGAGAGAUGGGCUCCUUGGGACUGAAGGGGCAAGUUGGAGAUCAUGGAUUUAAUGGAAUUCAUGGAGUUAAGGGAAAGCGUGGCCACAUAGGAGAUCCUGGCUGCAAAGGGGAGCCUGGUUUACCGGGACUGAUGGGUCCUAUUGGUGAUUCUGGUGAAAAAGGGGAAAGAGGGGAUGCAGGAGAAAAGGGCUCCGCAGGGCAGCAAGGUCGAUCCGGUCCCACGGGCACCAAGGGAGAGCAAGGUCAAAAGGGGGCCAUUGGAUACAGAGGCAAUCCAGGUCUUCCAGGACCGAAAGGAGUGAAGGGGGGCCCUGGACAAGCUGGUACUGAUGGUGAUCCGGGUCCAAGAGGUGAGAGUGGGAGAGCUGGGAGCCGGGGUACACAAGGACGCAAAGGAGAAAAGGGAGACUUGGGUCCUGAAGGUCCACGAAACGUAGCUGGAGUUAAAGGUGAACCAGGCGAGCCUGGGGCACCAGGAUUUCCCGGGCGACGGGGCCCUGCUGGAGAACCUGGAGGAGUGGGUGAACGGGGAAGCAUAGGUGAACCUGGAGAUUUUGGACCACAAGGAGAUAUUGGCUUGCAAGGUGCAAAGGGAGACAAAGGAAAGGAUGGAUACAGCUACAUUGGACCCAGAGGACCCCAAGGUGAACAAGGUGACUCAGGAUUACAGGGCCCUCAGGGACCCCAGGGAUAUUAUGGACAAAAAGGAGCAGAAGGUGCUCAAGGAAUGAAAGGAGAAAGUGGAGAUCCCGGGCUGGAUGGCCAACCAGGAGAGCGAGGAGUGAAAGGGCAGAAAGGCUCAAUGGGUCCGACUGGAAGUCGUGGUUCUCCUGGAAUAACAGAAUGUGAUAUAUUGAGCUACACAAGAGAAACAUGUGGCUGCUGUGACUGUCAGAAGACUUGCCCACCCAUUGACCUUGUGUUUGUCAUAGACAGCUCAGAGAGCAUUGGUCAAACUAACUUUAGCCUGGCAAAGAAUUUCGUCAUAAAUAUUGCCAGCAGGCUUGGGAAAAUGGCAAAAAAUAGCAGCGAGUUAUCAGGUUCGCGCCUUGGAGUUGUGCAGUACAGCCAUGAAGGAGCCAUCCAGGCCAUCAAGCUGGAUGAUCCAAGCAUCACUUCAGUGUCCACCUUUAAAUCUAAAGUGAGGGAGAUGGAAUGGAUCGCUGGGGGCACCUGGACAUCCUCAGCUCUAAAGUACACGUAUGAAAGGCUCAUCACACCUGGGCGACGACCAGCCGCACAGGUGACUGUUGUAGUGAUCACAGACGGACGUUAUGAUCCCAAAGACCAGAACAGCCUUGACGCAUUGUGCAGAGGGGCGGAUGUGUAUGCCUUUGGCAUUGGGGACAUGUUUGAAAGCAAUGCGGAGAAGGAGCCUUUGGAGAAAAUAGCUUGCAAUGUUCAAGACAGAGUGAGGAAUCUGAGCAUUUAUGCUGAUUUAAUGGCGGAGGAAUUUUUGGAAGAGAUGGAACAGAACCUCUGCUCAGACCCAGAGCUUGUGUGUCCAGACCUGAAAUGUGCCUCAGCUGUGACCAUUGCACCAUUCAGCGACCGCCCGACAGACAUUGUGUUUUUUGUUGAUGGCUCUGAACGGCCCGGAGGAGAAAACUUUAUGAACUCUCUACACUUUAUUAACCGAGUGUCUCAUGAGCUUAAGCUAGCCAAAAAAGAUAAUGACAGUUAUGGAGCUAGAAUAGCAAUCCUUCAGUACGGGGGAGAGACACAGCAGACCCUGCUUGUGGAUUUCUCCUACAAUAUUAGACAGAUUGAAGAUGCUCUGCUCCAGGCUUCCUAUCUAGAGUCCACCUCACAUUUGGGAAGUGCUAUUCUUUAUGCUGUUGAAAGUUUAGUAAAUAACCGUCAAGGUAGGUUUCGAGGCGCUCGCAUGAAUGCAGAAGUCUCCUUUGUCUUUCUGACUGACGGGGUGACCAGUGAUAAAAACUUUCCCGAGGCUAUAGAAGCCAUGAGAAAAAAUAACAUUGUAACCUGUGGGAUCGCGUUGGGUUCGGAUGUUGACCACGAGAGACUACUUCAAGCUGUGUAUAAGGAACCCACCUCGCUAUUUAUGUUGACCAAGUAUAGCGACCUUUUCGGUGACAGAUUUGUCAAAAGUAUUGUGCAGUGGUUAUAUUGAGCUCAGAUCAAUUGGAACAAUUAAAAAAGGGGUGCACAGAUACUUGGGAACUAAAGACACUAAGGGAAACAGAGAAAAGGUGGGAUGUUGGGAUUUAAAGACCUGCCAUGAUCUAUUAAAUUGACAGAUCAGAUAAAAUAGGCUGAAUGGCCAAUUUCUGUUCUUAGAUAUCUCUUACAAGGUUUGUAGCAGCACAGUGAAUUACAGUA